UUGUUUUAUAGGUAUGCAACCGAAGUGGACGUGGAUUUUGUGCGUAAAGCAGUACGUGCUAUUGGUCGUUGUGCAAUAAAAGUGGAGCAGAGUGCCGAGAAAUGUGUCAGCACAUUGCUCGAUUUGAUACAAACAAAAGUAAACUAUGUUGUACAGGAAGCUGUUGUUGUCAUUAAGGAUAUUUUCCGAAAAUACCCAAAUAAAUAUGAAAGUAUAAUUUCGACACUUUGUGAAAAUUUGGAUACACUUGAUGAACCGGAAGCUCGAGCAUCCAUGAUCUGGAUUAUUGGAGAAUAUGCAGAACGCAUCGAUAAUGCUGAUGAGCUAUUGGAAUCAUUCGUCGAAGGUUUUCACGAUGAAAAUACACAGGUGACAAUCUACCAAGCCAUCGCGUCUUUAAAGUCAUCCAGUGAUAGGAGACUGAAAAUAUCGAAAGUUCAACUGCAAUUGCUUACAGCGGUGGUUAAGCUAUUUUUAAAGCGUCCCAGUGAUACACAGCAACUUGUACAACGUGUUUUAUCACUGGCAACACAAGACAGUGACAAUCCUGAUCUGCGUGAUCGUGGUUAUAUCUACUGGCGAUUGUUAAGUGCCGAUCCUGCAGCUGCAAAAGAGGUAAAUUGUAGUUUCGUUUUUUUAUGAAU